AUGGAGCCCGGCAGGUCGGUGCCGGCGGAGCUGAAGCUCCGCAAGCCCUCGCAGCGGGCCAGGAUCCCGGCGCCCUUCCUCGCCCACGCGGACGGGGCGCCUGGGCCGGCGGGGCCCCCCGGGCCGGACCCCGCGGAGGUAGACGCGGAAUCGCUGGUGCCCACGCACGAUGAGCGGGGCCGGCUCAUCCCCGAGUGGAAGCGGCAGGUGAUGGUGCGGCGGCUGCGGGCCCGGCUGGAGAGCGAGGACCCGGCGGGAGGGCAGGUACGAGGGGCACGGGGAGUGCAGGGGGCGCGGGCUGUCGGAAGUCGCUGACCGCUUCUCCCGCAGGAUGCAGCCUCCUGGAGCUUCUCGGCCUCCCACCAAGCCGUGCUGGGCCCAUUCGGGGAGCUGCUGACCGAGGCAGACCUGCAUCAGCUGGAGAGGGCGGUGGAGAGCCUGCGGCUGCGGCGGCGUGGCGAGGUGUACCAGGGCGAGCUGCGGCGCCUGGUGCGGGAGCUCCGCGCCCUCUUGCCCGCCCCGCUGCUCAGCAUCUCGGUCCGCAGCCCCCCGCCUGCCCCGGGGCAGCCCCUGCCGCUCUGGUUCAGCCGCCUGGCCGGCGCCGUCAACAGCCUGGCCGCGCUGCUGGGCAGCGCCGAGGGGCUGCGGGAUCCCUGCGCUGCCGCCGCCGCGCCCGCCGCUCUCCCCGCGGCCGUCGGGCAUCCCCGGGAGCCCGGGGGCAGCCUGGCGCAGCGGGAGAUCCGCCAGUGCGGGGUCUGCGUCCGCAGCCUGCGCGGCGCCUUCGAGCCCGCCUGGGGCGCGGCGGGGAGCGCGGCCGCGGGCGGCGAGGCGGAGGCGGCCAGCGACUCGGGCAUCAGCUGCGAGGAGGCGUUUUCCGACGGCGGCGGCGGCUCCCCGCGGCACGGGAAGGGGCCGGGGCCGGAGUGGGGCAGCUUGAGGAAGGAACGGAUCGUGAUGCUGUUCCUGAGCCACUGGAGACGCUCCGCGUACGCGCCCCUACGGCCCGGCGCCGGGGAGCCGCGGGAGGCGGCGGGGAGCGGGGCCCGGGCGGCGGCGCGCCUGGCGCGGCAGAGAGCGGCCAUCCAGAGGCUGCUGAGCGGCUGGAGGGACGCUGCCGCCCGCCGGCCCCCGCCGCCGCCCCCCGCCCGCACCCUGCUCUCCCCGGAGCAGUUCGUGCCGGCGGCGGGGGGCGGCCCGGCCGAGUACGACAGCCUGUCGCUGGAGCUGUUCAUGCUGGGCUAUUUCCGCAUCUUGGAGCAGGACCUGCCCCCCGAGGAGCGCCGAGGCCGCCACCUGCUCUGUUUCGAGGUGUUCGAGCAGCUGGGCCGGCACGGCUGGCGGGCGGUGCGCGCCUUCCACCGCGCCGUCAUCGACGAGAUCGCGGCCGGGCGGCGCGGCUGGCGCGACGGCUUCGACGACAUCAAGGCGCGGUACUUCGGGACUCUGCACAGCCCGGCCCCGCGGCCGGCACAGCCCGCGGAGGAGGGGGACGAGAUUUGUCGCUACAUCGAUCGCAGCUUCGCCUUUUGGAAGGAGAAGGAGGCCGAGAUCUUCAGCCUGGAGGAGUGAUGCCGAGGGGCUUCGGAGGCCGCGGGCUGCAAUAAAAACCUUCUCGGUUCUGUCCCAGCUGAGCGAGGCUUUCCGGGGCGGUGAAGAAAGCUGCUAAGCUGUGCGGGCCGCCUCAGCAGCCAGCUCCCCCUGUCCCAGGGCGGGUGUUUCGGGCCCCGGCUGCCGCCGAGUGAGAUAACCACCUAUAUUUAUAGCGGCAGCGGCAGGGCGAGCCGGAGGAGCGAGGAGGGGCGAGCUGGGACCCCCUGCUGCCCAUGGGGUGGAGGGAGGAU